AUGCUAUCCCCGAAUCCACGGUCACAAAGUGCCGGCUCACCGCCAGCCCCGAGCAAUGGAGCCAAGCGCAAGCGGAAAGUGUACUCAUGUCACCCAUGUCGACGACGAAAACUGCGCUGUGAUCGAAGCUAUCCCACUUGUAGUCGAUGUCAAACAGCAGGACAGAGUAAUUCUUGUUCUUAUGAUGGGCCGCCGCCCUCUAAAUCUGUUGCGUCCAUUGCAGCUCCGGUCGCGCCUAUAGUCCCCCCACCACUCAGGACCCCAGUGCCUGUGGCUAGGGCUAACUAUGACGAUCACCGACAGGCGGCAUUAGGUGAAAACCCUCUAUCCGACUUGGAAGUGGGUCAAAAUGUUGGCACUUGGCAGCUUCUUAGUGAAAGGGCAGCUUCCACGGCUGAUGUACAGAUUCAACGGCCUGCUGUCAAGGCCGAUAACGAGGAGCCCGCUUUUCCAGGUCGGACACAUGAUUCUAUACGAAAUGUUAUCUUCCGUGGUGAGAAUUUUAGGACUCAGUACUAUGGUGGAAGUAAUCCAGCUAGUUUGAUCGGACAUUUCCCCGAACUUCGGUCCUUUAUGAAAGAAGCUAUCAAAAAUCAGAAAUCGCUCUAUAGAGUUCAGCAUGAUUUGAAAAGCCGGCAUAAGAAAUGGAAAGUGGAGAAGGUUAAUACGCUAUCCACACCUCAAUUGGACUUCACCUACCUCCUCCCCGACCAAAGAACGAUUAAUGAACUUGUGCAUCGCUAUUUUGACAACUACGAGUCCAUCUACAGGAUUAUUCAUGGUCCAAGUUUCUGGGAAGAAUAUGCCAAAUUCUCGACUGACCAUCUAUCAACAUCCUCUGCCUUUGUUGUUCUCGUUCUAUUAAUAAUGGCCACUGCGAGCUGCAUCUCGCCCAACGAACAAACCCGAUACAUCGGAGAUAGCUCACUAGGCCGAGAGCGCGCAGUUAUGUGGAUCGAGGCCUCGGAAUCUUGGCUCAGAUCUCACAGCCAGAAGAACGUGUACCUGGCAGUCUGGCAAAUACGCUGUCUCCUGCUCCUGGCAAAACUAGCGAAUACAGUCAAGAAAAAAAGACAUUGGACAGAAGCUGGAAACCUGGUCAGAGAAGCAAUGGCGGCUGGAAUGCAUCGUGAUCCGGGCCUCUUGGGAGAUAAGAUUUCUGCAUUUGAUCGAGAGAUGAGACGAAGAUUAUGGGCUACAAUGACCGAGCUGGAACUUCAGGCUUCAAUCGAUCGUGGAAUGACCUCUACAUCGGCAGGAGCAUUUGCUGAUACGAAGGGAGUUUUGAACCUCGAAGAUAAGGAUCUUCUUGAUGAGCCUGACGCAUUGGAUACACAGCGACCCGCAACAGAAUAUACUGCGAGCUCGUUCCUUUACUUUUCCAAUAUGAGUUUCUCUCUACGCGUGUCCUUGAACUCGGUGGUGAAUGACAUGAAUUCUCCACUGCGGUAUGAGGAGGUCAUGCAUUACGAAGAUCUCAUUACAAAGGAACUACAGAAGCUUCCUCCAUGGAGCUGUGUCCGAUCACAUGAAAACGAGAACGGACUCUCUCUAGCGGCAAGAACACUCCUUGAUGUCCAGCUUCGACAAUUCUUGAUCAUGCUACAUGCCCCGUUCGCUCGGCAAGCUGAGGCAUCGUCUCGGCAUUCAUUCUCCAGAAUGGUAUGCUUUGAUGCCGCAUCAAGUAUCAUCGACCAAUAUACACGACUCAUCGAAUCCCAUAGCCUGGUUUUAUUACUGCAGCGACAUGACUACUUCAGAGCAGCAUUAGUCAUGUGUCAGAACUCGUAUAUCUCCAUGAAUCUUCAGAGUGAGUUGAUCCCAGGGCAUUGCAUUCUUCUUGAGGUUUAUAUUUGA